CGUCUUGCAAGUGACGUGCGACGACAACAGACCCUAGUUUGGUGCUUUUUCCCACUCGGUCUUCCAUCGAAAUAUUUCUUUCCAACUUCAGCUACAGUGAUAGCUAAGUUCGGAAAGGUGGAACCAAGGAAGCCAGACUCCAUUUAACUCAAUUUAAUGCAGUUAAAUGGAGGAAUAGCCGUGCUUCGUAACGUCAAACAAAUACAUCGGCGGAGGCGGUUUUACGUUCAAACAGCUUUAAAAUGGAAAACUCUGCACCCAAGAAGACUUGUUGUGAAUCUAUUGGAGAUUUCUUCCUCUCAGCAAAAUUCCUUAUCUAUCUGGGUCAUGCCCUUUCAACGUGGGGUGAUCGGAUGUGGAACUUUGCGGUGGCGGUGUUCCUGGUAGAACUGUAUGGGAACAGCCUGCUGCUCACAGCCGUGUACGGGCUGGUGGUGGCUGGCUCUGUGCUGCUGCUGGGGGCCAUCAUUGGGGACUGGGUGGACAGGAACCCCAGACUCAAGGUGGCCCAGACUUCUUUGCUCGUCCAGAACAGUUGCGUCAUGGUGUGUGGGAUUCUCCUGAUGGUCGUUUUCCAAUUCAAAGAACAGCUUGUGGAGGUUUACAAUGGAUGGCUGCUGACCACCUGCUACAUCCUGGUGAUCAGCAUUGCCAAUAUCGCCAAUCUUGCUAGCACCGCGACAUCCAUCACCAUCCAGAGGGACUGGGUGGUGGUUGUUGCAGGUCAGGACAGCAGCAAGUUGGCAGACAUGAACGCCACAGUGCGGAUUAUUGACCAGCUGACCAACAUCCUGGCUCCUAUGCUUGUGGGCCAGAUAAUGGCCUUUGGAUCCCAUUUCAUCGGCUGUGGCUUCAUCUCGGGCUGGAACCUGUGCUCCAUGUGUCUGGAGUACAUGCUGCUGUGGAAGGUCUAUCAGAAGACACCGGCACUGGCUGUGAAAGCUGGUCAGAAAGAGCAGCAUGAACAGCAGGAGCUCAAACAGCUCAGCCCUUCAAAAGAAUCAGAGAACGGCCAAAGUCCUGAGGAGUCAUCCCGGCCACUAAUGAAUGAAACCGCAGUGGUGGUCAAGCCUGACUCCCCGAAACAGCGAGGCUGCUGUUAUCAGGUGGCCGAGCCCCUGCGCACCUUCAAGGCCGGUUGGGUGGCCUACUACAACCAGAGCAUUUUCUUCGCUGGAAUGUCCUUAGCUUUUCUCUACAUGACAGUACUUGGAUUCGACUGCAUCACCACAGGCUACGCCUACACACAAGGCCUCAACGGCUCAAUCCUCAGUCUGCUGAUGGGAGCCUCGGCAGUGUCGGGCAUCUGUGGCACCGUCGCCUUCACAUGGGUGCGCAAGAAGUGUGGCUUGGUUCGCACCGGCUUCAUCUCCGGCAUAGCUCAGCUCUCUUGUCUCAUGCUGUGCGUCGCCUCAGUCUUUGCGCCCGGGAGCCCUUUAGACCUCAGCGUCUCGCCUUUCCAGGACCUUUACAGUCACAUCAUGGGAGAGAAGAUGCUGACUGAGGUCGACCAGGGCCUCACGGGCAUCUUUGGUGGAAAUGCUACGACCACUAGUGCACCAGCUGAAGAUCUGCCAACGCUGAAGACCUACAUGUCUGUUAGCUUGCUGUUUGCUGGUGUCAUUGCUGCGAGGGUUGGGCUUUGGUCCUUUGACCUGACUGUGACUCAGCUCAUCCAGGAGAAUGUGAUGGAAUCCGAGCGAGGCGUGAUCAACGGCGUCCAGAACUCCAUGAAUUACCUCUUAGACCUGCUGCACUUCAUCAUGGUGAUUCUGGCACCAAACCAGGAGGCCUUCGGUCUGCUGGUCAUCAUCUCCGUCUCCUUCGUGGCCAUGGGUCACAUCAUGUACUUUAGAUUUGCCUUCAAGAGUCUGGGCAGUCGUCUGUUCCUCUGCUGCUCGCCGGAGCGGAAGGCGGAGGCGGACGACGUCGCCUCGUCUCCCACCAUUGUCUAACGUCGCUGUCCAAAGCCUUACAGUAUAUACCGAUACUUGACUGACCCUCUCACACGCAGCCAGUGGAGCGAUUCUCGUCGCAUGAGAAAGCUUACGUUCAGGAGUGCGUGCACCAGUGAGUUUAUUGUCGCCCAAUUAUUUAGCGUGCGUGAGGGACGAUUUUAAGUGACAGUAAAAGAUGAUAGUCCCAACAGACUGCAUCAACUUGUGAUUUAAAAUACAGCGCAUCCGGAUAGUGUUCACAGCACUUUUUCCACAAUUUGUUAUGUUACAGCCUUUUCCCAGAAUGGAUUCAAUUCAAUUUUGUCCUCAAAAUUCUACAGACAAUACCCCAUUAUGAGAGAGGGAACGUUUUUUUUUUUUAAAUACAAAAAAGGAGACAUAAAUAAGUAUUCUCAGCCUUUGCUCAAUACUUUGUUGAUGCACCUUUGGCAGCAAUUACAGCCUCAAAGUCUUUUUGAACACGAUGCCACAAGCUUGGCACACCUAUCUUUGGGUAGUUUUGCCCAUUCCUCUUUGCAGCACUUCUCCAGCGCCAUUAUGUUAGAUGGGAAUAUUAGAUUAACAUAUUCGAUCACAGGUGUCAAACUCAAGGCCCGGGGGCCACAUCUGGCCCGCGACAUUAUAACCUGCUCGGUGGCCUUGUGGUUAGAGCAGUGGUCACCAACCUUUUUGAAAAAGAGCUACCGGUACUUCUUGGGUACUGAUUAAUGCGAAGGGCUACCAGUUUGAUACACACUUAAAUAAAUUGCCAGAAAUAGCCAAUUUGCUCAAUUUACCUUUAACUCUGUUAUUAUUAAUAAUUAAUGAUAUUUACACUUAAUCGAACGGUUUAAAAGAGGAGAAAACACACAAAAAAAUGACAAUUAAAUUUUGAAACAUAGUUUAUCUUCAAUUUCGAUUCUUUAAAAUUCAAAAUUCAACCGAAAAAAAGAAGAGAACAUUUUACUAAUUCGAAUCUUUUUGAAAAAAUUUAAAAAAUAAUUUAUGAAACAUCAUUAGUAAUUUUUCCUGAUUAAGAUUAAUUUUAGAAUUUUGAUGACAUGUUUUAAAUAGGUUAACAUCCAAUCUGCACUUUGUUAGAAUAUAUAACAAAUUGGACCAAGCUAUAUUUCUAACAAAGACAAAUCAUUAUUUCUUCUAGAUUUUCCAGAACAAAAGUUUUAAAAGAAAUUCAAAAGACUUUGAAAUAAGAUUUAAUUUGAUUCUACAGAUUUUGUAGCUUUGCCAGAAUAAUUUUUUUGAAUUUUAAUCAUAAGUUUAAAGAAAUAUUUCACAAAUAUUCUUCGUCAAAAAAACAGAAGCUAAAAUGAAAAAUUAAAUUAAAAUGUAUUUAUUAUUCUUUACAAUAAAAAAGAUAAAAAUACUUGAACAUUGAUUUAAAUUGUCAGGAAAGAAGAGGAAGAAAUUUAAAAGGUAAAAAGGUACAUAUGUUUAAAAAUCCUAAAAUCAUUUUUAAGGUUGUAUUUUUUCUCUAAAAUUGUCUUUCUGAAAGUUAUAAGAAGCAAAGUAAAAAAAUUAAUACAUUUAUUUAAAGUGAAGACCAAGUCUUUAAAAUAUUUUCUUGGAUUUUCAAAUUCUAUUUGAGUUCUGUCUCUCUUAGAAUUAAAAAUGUUGAGCAAAGCGAGACCAGCUUGCUAGUAAAUAAAUACAAUUUAAAAAAUAGAGGCAGCUCACUGGUAAGUGCUGCUAUUUGAGCUAUUUUUAGAACAGGCCAGCGAGCGACUCAUCUGGUCCUUACGGGCUACCUGGUGCCCGCGGGCACCGUGUUGGUGACCCUUGGGUUAGAGUGUCCUUCCUGGGAUCGGUAGGUCGUGAGUUCAAACCCCGGCCGAGUCAUACCAAAGACUAUAAAAAUGGGACCCCUGCUUGGCACUCAGCAUCAAGGGUUGGAAUUGGGGGUUAAAUCACCAAAAUGAUUCCUCGGGCGCGGCCACCGCUGCUGCUCACUGCUCCCCUCACCUCCCAGGGGGUGAACAAGGGUGAUGGGUCAAAUGCAGAGGUUAAUUUCACCACACCUAGUGUGUGUGAGACAAUCAUUGGUACUUUAUCUUUAGUAUCUGGCCCGCAAACACCUGGAUAUUAUGUCAAUAAAGUACUUAAUAUUUUCUCACUAAAUAAUGGAUUUUUUUUCAUUUUGACAGAAAAAAUAUAUGUACUGCUUAAAAUUGCAUACCUUUUAAACUUUAAUAGUAUCCAAUAUUGCAAAAAAUAUUACAGUAUAUUAUCAAACUUUCCAAACAUGUUUUGUCUAAAUAAAAGUACUUAACUUUACAGCAAACUACCCAUCAAAUGAAUACAAAUGACAAUACAUUUUACGGUGUUCUUUACAACAUAUUACUGAAAAUUGAUUAAAAAAAACUACCAGUUUAUUGCGUUAAAAUUAUGUUGACUGAGCUGCCAGUUUUUUACUGUAAAAUCUACGGUUGUUGUUUUGACGUAUUACUAGAAAUGGAAAAAUUAUUUGUUUUUACGUUAGAAAAACUGCCAGCUAAGAUGCCAGAAUAAAAAAGGAACUUGUACUUUUUUCCCAUUAACAAUAUUUUGUUGUAAAAACCAAUGUAAAUUUGAUAGUAAAAUUCUGGCAACUAAGCUGCCCGCUUUUUCCGUAAAAAACAACAGUGGUACUGUUUUUAUAUUUACAGUAAAAUGUUAAAACAAAAAACACUAUUUUGCUGUAAAAUUUUGUAAACGUAAAGUUUUGACUGUAAAAUCGACAGUCACAAUUUAUAUAAUUAUUAAUGAAAUCCAGAGGCAAAUUUAUACAUUAUUCGCUGUUCCAAGCGGCCAUAACUGCCAUGUGGCCCUCAAUGAAAACGAGUUUGACAUCCCUGUAUUAGAUGGUUUUCAUCCAGGAUGUCUCUGUACAUUGCUGUAUUCAACCUUCCCUCUAUCCUGGCUAGACUCCCAGUUCCUGCCGCUGAAAACCAUCCCCGCAUCAUGAUGCUGCCACCACCAUGCUUCACUGUAGUUUCCUCCAAACAUGAUGUCUGGCAUUCACGGCAAUAUUUGUCUCAACAGACCAGAUCAUUUUGUCUCUCAUGGUCUGAGAGUCUUUCCCAUGCAAUUUGGCAAACUUUACUAAGAAAUGGCUUCCGUCUGGCAUGCCUGGUUGGUGGUUUGCUGCAAAAAUGGUUGUUCUGGAAUGCAUAGCCCUGGAUGAAAGCCAAAGCUUCCAUCCAACCUGAUGGAGCUUAAGAGGAAAAGAGGAAUGGGUAAAAAAAAACCUACCUAAAGAUAGAGACUUAGACUUAGACUUCCUUUUAGGUGUGCCAAGCUUGUGGCAUUGUUUAAAAAAAAAAAGACUUGUGGCUGUAAUUGCUGCAAAAGGUAGAUCAACAAAGUGUUGAGCAAAAGGCUUGUGAAUUUUUUCUUUUUUGUAGUUAUAAUUAGAGAUGUCCGAUAAUGGCUUUUUUGCCAAUAUCCGAUAUUCCGAUAUUGUCCAACUCUUAAUUACAGAUUCCGAUAUCAACCGAUACCGAUAUAUACAGUCGUGGAAUUAACACAUUAUUAUGCCUAAUUUUGUUGUGAUGCCCCGCUGAAUGCAUUAAACAAUGUAACUUUACCAUGAAUUGAUUAACGUGGACCCCGACUUAAACAAGUUGAAAAACGUAUUCGGGUGUUACCAUUUAGUGGUCAGUUGUACGGAAUAUGUACUGUACUGUGCAAUCUACUAAUACAAGUUUCAAUCAAUCAAUCAAAAACAACGUUUUCCAAAAUAAGAGAACAACUUCAACUCAAGUUAUGGAAAAAAGUGCCAACAUGGCACUGCCAUAUUUAUUAUUGAAGUCACAAAGUGCAUUAUUUUUUUUAACAUGCCUCAAAACAGCAGCUUGGAAUUUGGGACAUGCUCUCCCUGAGAUAAUCCUAAUACCCACUACAACUGUGGGAAAUACUGUACUUUGACUUUCACAAAGUGCAUUAUUUUUAAUUUUUUUUUAAACAUGCCUCAAAACAACAGCUACAAAAACAAUGAAGGCACACAGCUUCAGUCCAGAGUAUACUAGAGCAUACUUGCCAACCUUGAGACCUCUGAAUUCGGGGGUUCGGUGCUAGCGGGGGGGUGUAUAUUGUAGGGUCCCGGAAGAAUUAGUGAUGCAAGGGGUUCUGGGUAUUUGUUCUGUUGUGUUUAUGUUGUGUUACGGUGUGGAUGUUCUCCCGAAAUGUGUUUGUCAUUCUUGUUUGGUGUGGGUUCACAGUGUGGCGCAUAUUUGUAACAGUGUUAAAUUUUUUAUACGGACACCCUCAGUGUGACCUGUAUGGCUGUUGACCAAGUAGGCCUUGCAUUGUGAAAAAGCCGUAGAUGUAAUGUGACUGGGCCGUCAUGCAAAGGCAGUGCCUUUAAGGUUUAUUGGCGCUCUGUACUUCUCUCUAUGUCCGUGUACACAGCGGAGUUUUAAUAAGUCAUAAAAUGUACUUAUUCAAACCGAUACCGAUAAUUUUGAAACCGAUACUGAUAAUUUCCGGUUUUACAUUUUAAAGCAUUUAUCUCUUUAGUUGUAAUACAUUUGCAAAAUAAAAAUCAAUCAUUAUGGGGUAUUGUAUGUAGAAUUUUGAAGACAAAAAUUUAUUUAUUCCAUUUUGGAAUAAGGCUGUAACAUAACAAAAUGUGGGAAAAUGCAGGGCUGUUACUUUCCGGAUACACUAUACAAGAAUGUGUGUAAAAAAGUACAUCUCUGUAUAGCAGCCACAUCUCACAUUUAAAAAUGCAUCGCGCAUUUCCUUGGUGCUUCAAGUGUGUGUCAGCUCGCACGGCUUGGGAGGGUUUUUAGUUGAACCAAACAACGGAGGGAUUCUUUUUUUUCUGCGGUUUCUAAAGGGUUGAAAAACGGACUGCGUUCGGCAAAUGCAGGUUGUGUUUUUUUUUAAAUAAGUGUGUCUUCAGUGCCAUGUGAGGUGCCAUUCUUAUUAGCAGGUGAGAAAAACCUAUGCAACCACUUCAAUAGCUUCCAGGUACCAAAGUCAAGGUUCAUAUGUGGUGCGAAAGGAAACGAGGGAAUCCAAUAAUCCACCUUGAAGCAUUCCAAAUUUUGCAUCACCAAGGAUUUCAGUGUCCUACCUACUGUAAUUGUAGUUUUUCUUUACUUGUUAGCAUAGUCCUCUUAAUUGGUUGUAGUUGUUUCCAACUGUGAUUGUUGUUACUCCAGCACUUUAAGUCAUUAUGCCGGAUCUGAUAUUUGAUCAUUUUGUCUUGCACACGUCCGAAAUCCAGAUUCCUUACUAAAAGGUGGGGUGUGGCCUGACACUUACUGUCCCUUUAAGGAAGAAAGUCUGAAUGCGUACCAGUUUGGUACGCGGGUGGGGUGAUGAUUAUUUAGUGCUUUUCUAGACACCCAAAGCGCUUCAGAGAGAACUGAGAACCCACCAUUCAUUCAAUCCACAUUCACACAUUGAUGGUGGUAAGCUACAUUUGUUGCCACAGCUGGUAGACCGACGGAAGUGUGGCUGCCAAUUUUGGGGUUUGAGAUUUCUGCAUAUCCUUCAAAUAGUAAAGGUGGACCUCACAAUGUGUUUAGCAAAGUAACAGCAGGAACGAUUGUUAUUUUUAUUUUUUUAAGCCCGACUACCUUACGCUUUGACAGCUGCACCCCACCCUGGAAAAAUGUGCUCGUUGCUGUGAUUUUGGGCAUCAUGGAGCAGAGACAUAUUUGUGUUGGACAUUGAAAUAACCACACCAGAUGUUGGAGAAUGUUUGGACUAAUUUGUAGAAGUCUGUAGCUGCACCGUGUAGUCUGAACGCCUUAAAAAAAUGUAGUUUGGUAACAGUUUUUUUUAAUACUUUUUCCCCUCUUGAAAUUCAGGAGUCAGGACUAUUUCAAAAGGCCGUCGACUGUUUUCAGUAUAAACCAGGGGUCGGCAACCUUUACCACUCAAAGAGCCAUUUUGACAAGUUUCACAAAUUAAAGAAAGUAAUGGGAGCCACAAAAAAAAAAAUUAAAUUUAAAAUGAAAAACACCGCAUACAAAGCUUAAAUGCUUUAUGCUCUGUUAACCAGGGGUCUCCGACACAUGCACCGGCACGCACUUUAAUGUGGAAAUUUGAUGUUAGUGCAGCCCGCGAGUUUUGAAUGAAUGGCGCUUGAUAGUGUCAUACUUGCCAACCCUCUCAUUUUUCCCGGGAGACUCCCGAAUAUCAGAGCGUGAUGAGCAUUUGGCGCCCUCUACAGUCUGCUCUAACAGUGUACCUGCUCGACCACACGUAGAAUGCAAUUUCAGCUUGCUCACGUAAGUGAAAGCAAGGCGUACUAACUCAGCAGCCACACAUCUUACACUGACGGUGCGAAUACCCAGAAUCCCAUGCAGCCCUAACUCU